UCCGGAGAAGAGGGGCGGGGCUCGCCAGACCACCCCAGCCCCGGCAGCAGCAGAUCCCGCCGCGCGGGGAACGAGGUUGGGAGUCCCCUGAAAAGGGGGAGGGAGAUUUUAGGGGCUUGGGGGAGCGGAGGCGGAAAGACACAGGGCACAGGAGGACACGGAGAGAAAUCCGAGGGAAAAGAUUUGCGGGGAGUCAAGGAGAGACCCCGGGGUAGAGAAACGGGAGGAGAGGCACGCGCAAAGGGAGGGACGGAGGGACGGAGGGACGGAGGGACGGAAGGAGGGAGGGGGAGAGAUCCGCGUGGGAGCGCAAGGUGCCGGCCGGAGGCAGAGGGCGGAGCGGACACACACCAGAAGGGCCAGUUCUGGGGCACAGAAGCUGCAGACGCGGGACCAGGUGGAACCGGUGGGAAGCGGCCCCCUGAGCUCCCGGCCAGCAGGGGGGUCUUGUCCCAGGCCCGCCUCUACCCUAGGACCAUGGAGCUGCUAGGGCUGAAUCGGAGCGCGCCGGAGCCAGAGUCCCAGUGCGGCCCGGGUCCCCUGUCCCCCAACAGCAGUGCUAACAGCAGUGCCAAUAGUAGCUGCGAAUCUCCCCGAGGAGGCUCGGGAGCCAGCAGGGCGCCCCGAGAGCUGGAGUUAGCAGUGAGGGUGACCCUGUAUGUCGUGAUUUUCCUGCUGAGCGUGGGAGGAAACAUGCUGAUAAUCACAGUGCUGGGACUGAGCCGUCGCCUGCGCACAGUCACCAAUGCCUUCCUGCUUUCACUGGCUGUCAGCGACCUACUCCUGGCUGUGGCGUGUAUGCCCUUCACCCUCCUGCCCAACCUCAUGGGCACCUUCAUCUUUGGCACCGUAGUCUGCAAAGCUGUCGCCUACCUAAUGGGAGUGUCUGUGAGUGUGUCUACCCUAAGCCUGGUGGCCAUUGCCUUGGAGCGCUACAGCGCCAUCUGCCGGCCUUUGCAGGCCCGAGUAUGGCAGACGCGCUCCCAUGCUGUGCGUGUCAUCGUGGCCACUUGGCUGCUGUCUGGGCUGCUCAUGCUACCCUAUCCUGUGUACUCCGUUGUAAGGCCGGUGAGCCCCCGUGCGCUGCAGUGCACACACAGCUGGCCCAGCAAUCGAGCGCGCCAGGCAUGGUCUGUGUUGCUCCUGCUGUUCCUGUUCUUUGUGCCUGGUGUAGUCAUGGCCGUGGCUUAUGGUCUCAUCUCCCGAGAGCUCUACCUGGGGAUCCGCUUCGAGAGCCAGAGCCAGAGCCAUGGGCACGGGCACGGGCAGCAGCAGGGCCACAACGGCAACCACAGACACAGCGGAUUACCUGGUGGGCCAAGCCCAGCACUUUCCAAUGGGCCAAGUGCCCGGGCAUCUGCAGGCCAUGAGGGUGAUGGCUGCUAUGUGAAUCUACUCUCAGAACAAUCUGGAAUGGAACUCUCAGCAUUGACACCCACUGCCUCUAGAAGGGACACCCGAGGCCCUGGACCUGGAGUGAGCUCACGGCCGGCCCAAGCUCAGGCUCAGCUGCAAGCCAAGAAGCGGGUGGUACGAAUGCUGUUGGUCAUUGUGGGGCUGUUUUUCCUGUGCUGGCUGCCCUUGUACAGUGCCAACACGUGGCGUGCCUUUGACAGGGAAGGUGCCCAUCGUGCCCUCUCAGGGGCCCCUAUCUCUUUCAUCCACUUGCUCAGCUAUGCCUCUGCCUGUGUCAAUCCACUUGUCUACUGCUUCAUGCAUCGGCGUUUCCGGCAGGCCUGCAUGGCCACUUGUGCUAGAUGUCGACCCCACCCACCCCGUGCCCGAGUUGCUCGAGCUGGGCCCCGACUGGGCGAUGACCAUGAACUUGACCAUCCAACCACCUCUCUGUCUCGUCUCAGCUAUACAACUAUCAGCACACUGGGUCCUGGCUGAGGGCAUCCUAAGACAUGCAGUCCAUGUCUUGUUUAGGAAGACAUGGAACCAACCCAGAGAAACACUGCCCCUCCUGCCUUGGGGAACAAGGAUCCCAUCUGUUUUGAGGAAAAUGGAUAUCCUACCAUAGGAAGCCUGAUUCCCUCUCCACUCCUGCCCCAGGAUGGCAUGGGACUAUAGGAAGUCCUAAUCUGACACUGACCCCAAACUGUAAACAGCCACAAGGCACACUGCACUAAACAGUCUUAUCAUGGAUAUACUCCUAGAAAUCAUGUACCCCAAGACAAGAAAGACCUCCCUGGACAAGGAGUAGCCAUACCUACCAUGACAUAAUUCUACCUGGGGAGGUGACCUACUGGAAACUCCUCUGGACAGAGAAGUAAACCCCACCUGCCCCUGCACUGAAGCUCACAGUCACACUGACCCUGGGUGCACAGGGCAGACCCAGCACCCACCCUGGGGCUGUGCUCCCAGUCUGCACUGAGCAUCUUGGUCCUGAAUUUAGGCCCUAUAUCUAUUAGGCCACAAGUCACUAACACCCAGAUGACAUUUACUGCAGAGCCCAAGAAGACACACAAAAGACACAUGGAUGUCAGGGAAGCUGUAGGGAUAAAAAUUGCCUCUGCUCCUGACACUAGUUUUCCUUAUAGGGUCAGAAGCUACAAAGGCUCAUGCCUAGAGUGUGGGGAGAAGUCAGCCCCAAAGCAGGCCCUUGGUGGAAAGGGGCUCAGGAGGGAGGGCAGGGAUCUCCCCCAGUCUCCCCUCCCACCCCCUAUCUCUAUAAUACCAAACACUUUCUUCUCUUCACCACUUCCCACAGUGCACAUCUGAUACCUCUUCCUCUAGACACCCCGGCCACCACCUGUAUCUCUUACCCACAUGACAGCCCUUCAAGCACUUGAAUAGAGUGAGCCUGUGCCCAACUUUCCCCCAAGCCCCUUUCAGGGUAAACAACCCCAGUCCUUUGAUACUAAUAAUGAGCAGUCAUUUGUGUGGCACUUUAAGGUUGGCAAAGUGCAUCUGUUGCCUUUAUUUGUUCCUUCAUGUAGGCCUUGAAUGGGAUGGUCUCUACUCCUCUCAUCACCCUCAUUGGCCUCUUCUGGAUAUUAUCCAGUUUGCCAGUGCCCUUAAAAAUCGUGUGCCUAGAACUCAGCAUAGUACCCCAGAUGUGGUCUGAGAGAGGCAGAGUCCAGCAGGGGGACUGUAGUCUCCCUUGCUUUGGCCUUUUGCCUGUUAAGAAGAUGUUAGCUUUUUUUCAGCUAUCUCUCACAAACAUGGCUGGCAUUUUCUCUUCCCAGCAAAUCAUUGGUUUUGCUUAAAACCUUCAAUGGCUUAGUGAAAGGGAGAUGGUGGCCUCAGUUUGGGCUUCCAGGACACUAGGCUGCCAGGAUAAAAUUUAACCUAGGGCCAAGGUUUUAUACUCCAAACAGAGUUCAUGGUGUGCCCAGACUGGCUCAUCCAGGGCCCAAGGCCACUCUCCCCACUGGUAUCCAGAAAGAGGUAUCCUGAGCUCUGCACCCUGGGGACCAAAAGCAGAGAGGGAUACGCCCCGGCCAGACUGUAAAGGAGCUCAAAUAUCAGGCAAAGGGGUCUGAACUCAUAACCAUAUCACAAUUUAGCCUUUACGUCACACUUAGGAGAUAUGUGCUGCAAGUCUCAGGCUCAGAAUGAAUUAAAAGGCCUUUAUUAAGUGUCUUCUAUGUACCAGCUUCUAUGUUUAGAGACAGACUGACUUGCCUGAGGUUACACAGAUUGUUACUGUUAGAAACUGGAAUCUAACAAGGUCUGACUCCGGGUCUAGUCUUUCUGGUCUUGGGUUCAAAGGACAGGUAGGGCCUGGGUGGGGGAAGCAUGAAGGGCAGCACAGAUUCUAAGGCUGGGCAGUGCUGGUCAGCUGUUGGGGAGUGAAGAAAGCUUUUUACAGGAAUCUACCUUAGGGGCAGCUAGGUGGCACAGUGGAUAGAGCGCCAGCCCUGGAGUCAGGAGUACCUGAGUUCAAAGGGAAAGGAUACUCUGGUACUCUGGGAGCCAGACCUGCCCAAUGGUCACACUCAGAGAGGCAACUUGGUGCAAGGGGGAAAGGGCUCUAAACUUAAGAGACCGGGGAUCUGGGCUUAGGGUCUAGCUUAGCCACCAGCUCCUUGUGUAACCUUAGGCAGGUCUCUCCCUCUCUGGGCCUCAGCUUUCCCAACUCUAAAUUGAGGGGGUUGGACUAGAUGUUCACCAGCUAAGGCUUUAUAGUUUGACAGCCUAUUGUUGUAUUAUGAAUCAUGCCCAUGGGUGGCAUUCUCUGGAGAAGCAUGCGGAAAGAGGAAGAAAGACCCAAGGGAGGGGGGGGGCAGGGAAUUAGAGGAAAGAAUAAGGGGAAGGGUGCAGAUGUGGCUGGGCAAGGCGAGUGAGAGAGGAUGAGAUAGAGAAAGGUAUGAAUGAGGGUGAAUAGGAGAGGAGAUGAAGGAAGUUAAUAAGGACUGAUGGGGUAAGAAGAUCAAGG